GGCGAGCAAAGUCACCAUUUCUCAUCUCCAUUUACUUUUCGGUGUUUGACAAGAAAUCUCAUCUCCAUUUACUUUUGAACUUACUUUUCGGUGUUUGACAAGAAAAAAGUGGAGAAACUGACAAGACUAGAUAGAGAGAAAAUGAUUUGGGAGGAGGUCGACUGGUUCGAAGAAGAAGAACAUCAAGAAUCAGAAGAAGAAACAGAGCAAGAUAAUCACAUUGGGUUCGACUUCUUUUCGCUCUUAUCUAAUCCUAAGGAUUACUACAAAAUACUGGAACUGGAUCGGGAUGCCUCGGAGGAUACCAUUCGGUCCAACUAUAUUCGUCUUGCAUUGAAAUGGCAUCCAGAUAAGCGAAAAGAUGAGGACAGUGCAACUUCAAGAUUUCAACAGAUAAAUGAGGCCUACUCAGUUCUAAGCGAUCCCGUCAAAAGGAAAGAGUACGACAGCAAAGGAAUGUUGUAUGUUUAUGAUUGCAAUGUCAUGGAUUACCUAAACAAAUACAAGGGUCUGAUUUUAACAUGCAACGGACUUGGUGUGAAGCAGUCGAUAUUAUAAAUCUCCACAUAGUGUUGCUAACGGGUUUCUGGAAAUUCCUUCGAUAAAAUCUACAGUGUUGCAAACGGGUUUCUGGAAAUUCCUCUGGUAGCACUAGCAGGAACUAGGAGCUGUCUUUUGAAUGUUUGUAACUUUUUCUCUGUCUAUGAAUUCAAAAGUAGGAAAAGAAAGAGUCUAACUUCAUGUAUAAUAGAAAAAAGGUGAUAUGGAUAUAUUUCACCAUUAUUAAAUUUCAAUAUUUGUUGCUUCAAUUGCUUUAGAAUCGUUCUAUCAGUUGCGUACAUUCAACA